CCAUGUCUGACAAACCCGAUGUGGCUGAGGUUGAGAAAUCUGCGAAGUCCAAGUUGAAGAAGACAGAAAUGCAAGGGGAAAACCCCCUGCCUUCAAAAGAAAUGAUGGAACAGGAGAAGCAAGCUGGUGAAUCGUAAUCAAGCAGGUGUGGCCAAUAUGCACACUGUACAUCCCCAAAGCAUCACCUUCUUAUUUUACUUCUUGUAGCUGUUUAAAAAAAGAGGUUGGAUUGAGUUUAGAUGACUGUUGUCCCCCU